AUGUGUCUGUGUAUCUAUCCUAAGAUUAGGCACACGGCUGCGCAAACAUAUACACACGAUUUCGUUGGAGAUAGCGCUGUCUGUAUAAAAAGAUGGCUUAUCGUGCAGGUUCUCACUCAGACCACGGACUCCGAGCUGAACACACAACCCAUCCGAAAGCGUCUUAGCACACGGCAUUCGUACAAUAAAGCAAAAAUGGCCAGCACUUUGUCUCGCGUUCUUCCCCGUCUCGUCUCUUCCCUGCACACCACGCCCAUCCUCAGCCGCCCACGCCCUCACAAGGCCCUCGCCAGGACCAUCACCAGCUUCCACGGCCUGCAGGGUCUCGCACAGCCAUGGCGGGUACCGACGGAAGAGGCUCCUGAGCUGGUGGAGAGCGGGGAACUGGCGCUGCACUUGGAGGCCCUCCAGCGCUGGCACGACGAGGCCGAGCUCCUAAGGGAGGUGCGAGUCCUUCCUCCGGGCGUUGACGACCAGAUCAACCUCGAGGCAGAGACUCGAGGCCAAGUCAAGGACCUGAUGGAGAGUCUGAUUGAGGAGGAAAUCCUGGACAUCCGUCGGGUUGGGUCCUCGCCUCCACCUUUUAAGGCCUUCCGUAAUUCCAUUCCCGACGCCAAGGUUCCAUGUCAGUGAACCUCCUUCGGCUUUGACUGUUCAUUCCCUAAAAGAUGAACACAGUGUGCUAUUCAGGCGACACCAAGGGCUCUCCCAGGAAGCCCCCGGCCACGAGCGACGACCGAAGCCAAGCGCCUUCCACCUCGACGACGAAGGCGCUGUCACGGUGGACGAGGGAUUCACUUCCUGGUCUCGCCUCUCCUGCCUGUCUCGUCUGGACCUUGAAUACGUAGGUUUAAGAUACAGUGACUGUAACUCUCCUCUGUUACUAAUAUGUUAAUUGUUCUUGACAAAGGAUUUUUAUGUAAAGUUUGUGUUGUAAUGACUGCAACCCACGUUAAAGACAAGAGGGUUGUUAAUAGAAGAUAUGUUUUUUUAUACUUAUGUGACUGCGAUGUUCCGUAGCUGUUGCAGAAAUUAUCUCAUUUCAUAAAUAAAAUACUUAAUCCCU